CUGCGGAAUCGCCGUUUGACCCCGGAAGUGCGGGCUCCCCGGGAGCUGUCACCGUGUUCGGCGGCGGCACGGCGCCGGUGGUGGAGCCGCCGAGGAGGGUCACGCAGCACAAUGCCAGCUCUGCCCCUGGACCAACUCCAGAUUACCCACAAGGACCCGAAGACGGGAAAGCCGAGGACUUCACCAGCACUGCACCCUGAGCAGAAGGCAGACCGGUAUUUUGUGUUAUACAAACCGCCCCCUAAAGACAACAUUCCCGCCCUAGUGGAGGAGUACCUGGAACGCGCCACCUUCGUAGCCAAUGACCUCGACUGGCUCCUGGCCUUGCCUCACGAUAAAUUCUGGUGCCAGGUGAUCUUCGAUGAGACCCUGCAGAAGUGUCUGGACUCCUACCUGCGCUAUGUCCCCCGAAAGUUUGAUGAGUGGGUGGCCCCAACCCCUGAGGUUGCUGCCACGCAGAAGCAUCUCCACCGCAGUGUUUUUCUCACCUUCCUCCGCAUGUCCACCCACAAGGAAUCCAAAGAUCACUACAUUUCUCCCUCUGCGUUCGGGGAAAUCCUCUACAAUAACUUCCUCUUCGACAUCCCAAAGAUCCUGGACCUCUGUGUGCUCUUUGGAAAAGGCAACUCGAUGCUGCUCCAGAAGAUGAUAGGGAACAUUUUUACCCAGCAGCCAAGUUACUAUAGCGACCUGGACGAAACCAUCCCCACCAUCCUUCAGGUCUUCAGCAGUAUCCUCAAGCACUGUGGACUGCAAGGGGACGCGGCUGGAAUCACACCACAGAAGCUUGAGGAGAAAGGACGGCCUACCCCCAGCGACAUGCCUCUUCUGGAAUUAAAGGACAUUGUUCUCUACCUGUGUGAUACCUGUACCACACUCUGGGCCUUUUUGGAUAUCUUCCCUUUGGCUUCCCAGACCUUCCAGAAACAUGACUUCUGUAGCAGAUUGGCUUCCUUUUAUGAAGUGGCAAUUCCCGAAAUGGAGUCUGCAAUUAAGAAGAGGAGGCUUGAAGACAGCAAGCUGCUUGGUGACAUGUGGCAGAGGCUUUCCCAUUCCAAGAAGAAGCUAAUGGAGGUGUUUCACAUCAUCCUAAACCAGAUCUGCCUCCUUCCCAUUCUAGAAAGCAGCUGUGACAACAUUCAGGGCUUCAUUGAAGAGUUCCUUCAGAUCUUCAGUUCCUUGCUGCAGGAGAAGAGAUUUCUCCGGGACUAUGAUGCACUCUUCCCUGUGGCUGAAGAUAUCAGCUUGCUGCAGCAGGCCUCGUCAGUCUUGGACGAGACGCGGACGGCAUACAUCCUCCAGGCUGUGGAGAGUGCGUGGGAAGGGGUGGACAGACAGAAAGUCAGAGAUACUAAAGACCCAUCGGGGACCAAGGAUCCUAGUAACCAGGUCACCGUGACAGCGGAGCCAGUCAGUGAAGUGCCAUCACACCUGGAAAACUUGGAGGAGAAGGAGUGCAUGGGUGCAGCCGCUGCCCUGGGCCCUGCGGUGAGCGGCGUGGAGCUGGACUCGCUCAUCUCCCAAGUGAAGGACCUGCUGCCAGACCUUGGGGAAGGCUUCAUCUUGGCCUGCCUGGAGCACUACAGCUAUGACCCGGAACGGGUGAUCAACAACAUUCUAGAGGAGCGGCUGGCCCCCGCCCUCAGCCAGCUGGACCGCAGCCUAGACAGACAGGUGAAGCCAGACCCCACACCCCUGCUGUCAUCUCGGCACAGCGUCUUCCAGAACGACGAGUUUGAUGUGUUCAGCAGGGACUCAGUCGACCUGAGCCGAGUGCACAAGGGCCGGAGGAAGGAGCAGAGCGUGCGGAGGCUGGUGAAUGACAAGCGGGCUGUGGCAGCCCAGCGGCCGCGCUACGAGCAGUACAGCUUGGUGGCGGAGGAGGUCCCGCUGCCGCCAGGGGGUCCCCGGGGCGACGACUAUGAGGACGAGUACGACGACACCUACGACGGCAACCAGGUGGGCGCCAACGACGCGGACUCGGAUGACGAGCUCAUCGGCCGCAGGCCCUUCACCAUCCCUCAGGUGCUGAGAACCAAAGUGCCUGGAGAAAGGCAGGAAGAGGAAGAUGAUGAAGAAGAGGAGACAGAAGAUGAUGCCCCCAAGCCGGACCAUUUCGUGCAGGACCCUGCAGUGCUGCGGGAGAAGGCAGAAGCCAGGCGCAUGGCGUUCCUUGCCAGGAAGGGGUACCGGCACGACAGCUCCACAGCAGUGACUGGCAGCCCGCGGGGCCAUGGGCAGAGCCGGGAGACAACCCAGGAGCGCAGGAAGAAGGAAGCCAACAAGGCAGCCAGAGCCAACCACAGCCGCAGAGCCAUGGCUGACCGCAAGAGAAACAAAGGCAUGAUCCCCUCUUGAGGCCACAAAGCUGCCCGAGCGAGGGAGGCCCCUCCAGGUCCGCUUGCCCUCGGCAGCCUCCGCUUUGGCCCCUAAGAAGGCCGCCGCAGCACCUCGUCCACCAGCCAGCCGUGAGCGCCUUCUUGAACACACAGUGCCUUAUCUAUCCCUCGCCAGAGGAACACGACGCUGGCCGGCGGCCUCCUCCCCAGGCUGCCCCAGCUGCAAAGGAACAAGGGACACAGCCCCAAGGGCUCAUGCAGCAGGACACCACCUCCCUUUAUCCCUUGAUGGCAGGAGAUCCGUAUGUUCAAAACCAACAGAAGGCCCGUGAAUAAAGUUUCUGAUCCUUCCAACAAUGA